UCAGAUUCGAUAGUCGUCCCAUCUAACGAUUGCACCAAACCGAUGAUGUACCACCAACCGAGUGGUCCCCAGAUGACAACCAUUAUGGCUUACGGAGACACAAACCAGCAUUUACCACAAGGAACUGCAACUAUAGCAUACACACAAAUUCCUGGAGUGGCUUAUGGGCCACCUGGCAGCCUUGCAGUGGUACAUGGUGGUACUUUGAGACGUGGUCAAAACAUGUCUAUGAUGCCAUCUGUAGUCCCGAAUCUGCUCCACAACGCUCCACAAAUGCACAUGCUACCUUCAGACAUCACCAUGAUGUCACCCGGCGACGUGUCGACCCUUCAAAGGCAACCCCCGGGUCAACAUUUCUACUACGGCUGACAUCCGGUCGCGGAUAUCUGCCAGAACUAUCCUGCUGCGGCGGAUAUUUGUCAGCAGUAUCCGCCACAGCAACAACAGAUGGCGACAAUGACAAUGAGAAAUAUGCAGCAGCAGGCUGCUCCAAGUAGAGCGGAGGCGAUGUGCGCAGGGGGGAGGACUUAUUGUUUCUAGUACUAUUUUGUCGCGGAGGCGACCAAUGGGGGACAGGAGAGGGUUUCGGUAUCACGUGACAGUGUGAGUUGGGAGAAUGCGGUUGGUAAUCGAUACAUAUCGGAUACAAGUGACGGGGUGCAGGACUUGGAUGCAGGUGAUGUGGUUGUUGGUGUGGAAGACGACUGUCCAGGGGUAAUAAAGGAUAGUAAAGCUAGUGUUAGUGGUUCUAAUCGGUUUUUUGGUAUACGUGUACUUCCGAGUGAUGUUGGAACUGGUGUAAAUAAAACUUUGGUACCCAAAAGUGUAG